GCGGCUUCCGGCGAGCGGCGGCGAUGCCGGAGAUCCCGUUAAGGCGGGUGGUGUCCGUGAGCAGCGCCGACCCGCGUUACCCGGCCGAGAAUCUGCUGCGGCCCGAUGAUGGCGGGCGCUGGCGGGGGGCGGCGGCGGGGGAGAAGCAGCUGAGCGUGGUGCUGGAGCUGGGCGAGUCCCGCCCCAUCCACUCCCUUCACAUCGGCAACGACGGCGCCGCCUUCGUGGAGGUUCUGGUGGGCUCCUCUGCGGGGGGCGACUUCCAGGUGCUGCUGCCCAGCGCCGCGCUGAUGUCACCUGCCGAGAGCCGCGCGGGGGCGGAGCCUCGCCGGGUGCGGCUCUUCGGGCCCGAGGUUCUGCUGAAAGCCCCGGCCCGGAGCGGCUGGGACCGGCUCAAGGUGGUGCUGAGCCAGCCCUACAGCCAGAGCCGUCCCUUCGGGCUGUCAUUCAUCCGAGUGUUCGCCGAGGGGGAGGGGACGCAGCCGGGGGGGGCGGACCCCUCCCCCGGGCCCAGCUACGCCGCGGCCGCGCUCGGCGCAGGUGACGUCACACAGCCCUCCCCCCCCACCUGGGGACCCCUCCCCAAUUCGGGGGGUCCCGUUCUGGGGGGGGUGGUGCUGGCCCUGAGCGGGUUCCAGAACCCUCUGCGGGCUCAGCUGCGCUCGGCGGCCGCGGGGCUGGGGGCUCGCUACCGGCCGGACUGGAGCGACGACUGCACGCACCUGGUGUGUGCGUUCGCCAGGACGCCGAAGGCGGCGCGGGCCCGGAGCGCCGGGGGGGUCGUGGUGGGGCCGGAGUGGAUUUGGGAAUGUCAGAGGAGGGGGAGGAGAGUGGAGUGCGACAGGUACCUCCUGGACGGCUCCGCCUCCUCCAGCAGCGAGGGGGAGGAGCCUGAGGCUGCCCCGCCCCCUCCGCGCCCCUCCCCCAAGGUAAAAAAGGGGGCGGGGCCUCCCGCCAAGGCCCCGCCCACCGCGCUGGCCACGCCCACCGCGUCAGGCGACAACAGCGGCCAAUCAGAGGAGUCGGACCCCUACGGCGGCUCCACCGAGGAGAACAGCGAGGAUGAGGAGGGGGAGGGGGAGGGGGAGCCCAUCCCCCCCCUGCCAGAUUUUUUCCGGGAUAAAAUUUUCUUCUUCCACGGGGAAUUCCCGGCGGGGGAGGAGCGGCGGCUGCGGCGAUACGCGGUGGCGUUCGGGGGCACGCUGCGGCCGUACAUGGACGAGUCGGUGACUCACGUGGUGACGUCACAGGACUGGGACCCCGCCUUCGAGGAGGCGCUGGAGCUCCGCCCCUCGCUGACCUUCGUGCGUCCCCAUUGGCUGCUGCUCUGCGGGGAGCGACAGCGCCCCCUGCCGGCCCAGCCCUACGCCGUGGCGCGGCGCGCGUGACGUCAUCGGCGACGUCAUCGGUGACGUCAUCGGCGGCGGUGAUGUAAACCUGAGGGGAAAUAAAGCGGUUUUUGCAUAAUUAACGAGGGGGUUUGGGGUGAUUAACGAGGGGUUUUUUGG